GCGGGCGGGAGAGGGAGAGAGACGCUCAACUUUCGUUGAAGAAAGUCGCCCGCCGUGAGGCGGACAAGCUCCUAGCCUGAGCGCUGAAAUCGUCUCGGAGAGCGAGUGGCUCCUCCCCGUGUUUCCCCGUCAAGUAGAUCCCAUCUGUCUUUUGUGUUUGUAUUUCUCCCUCAGGGCAGCAGAAUCGUCAUCUCGGCGCCAAGUUACGGGUGUGGAACUUCCAACCUCUCACAUUCCUCUGUGUUUGUGUGCGUGUGCGAGAGAGAGAGAGAGAGAGAGAGAGAGGCGCGAGAGAGAGAGAGGUGCGUGUGUGUGUGUGUGUGUGUGUGUGUGUGUGUGUGUGUGUGUUUGAGAGAGAGAGAGAGAGAGAGGGGGGGGGGGAAAGAUGAUUCGGUUUGGGCAAGGGCCGGUGCUGCCGGCGGUGAUCAUAUGCGGAUUUAUAACCUUCCUGUGCCUGAGAGGAGCGGUGAGAGCAUGGUGGUUGCACUUGCACGACUUGACAACGGGAGAGUCGACGUUGGCGGAAGUGUUGGCCGGGAUCCAGGUCCCGACCGAUCAUUCGGAAGAGAAGUUGAUCGGAGUACGGGCAAACACGGACGCGGGAAAAGAUGUAGAGAAGGAAACGAUGGGGCAGGGAGGUAGAGAUAAGAUGCUGCGCGGGUUGCUCUGGGAAUCACCGCGAAAUGUUGACGUUCACCAAGUUGAGUACGGAGGAGGAGGAGGAGGACGAGGAGGAGAAGAGGUAGUGGGACGUGUAAUACCGAGGAGGGAGCGCGGGAAGAAAGACCUGGAAAAUUUCAAGUUUUUGACGACGGACGAACGCGGGAAGGAAACUUUUGGCGGGAAAAGAUUCGACGACCGCCAUCGACUUGUGUCUAUCGCGGUAAAGGGAUGAUCACCAAUGUCUGGGAAUACUAGGAACGGCCGCCGGCCGUCGGCCCGUCGGGGGUAUAACAUGGGCGCCUGUUGCAGAGAGAACAGGGAGGAGGAGAAGGAGGAGGAGGAGGUGGUUGAUGGUGGAAAGAGGAGUACGUGACUCUAUGAACAGCAUCGGUGCAUGCGUAGAUUCAAGAGCCAACUGCAUCGGCAGCAAGCAGGAGCAUCGGUUCGAUGGCUGAGAAAGGUGGAGGAGGAAGAGGAGGAAGAGGGAGGGGCAGAGAAGGGAGAGGUGAAGGAGGAAGCGAUGGAGAGAGAGAGAGAGAGAGAGAGAGAGAGAGAGAGAGAGAGAGAGAGAGAGAGAGAGAGAGAGAGAGAGAGAGAGAGAGAGAGAGGAAUAAACUGCUGUGUCUGCGGCUGGCGGGGGCAGUAACGACGGCAAGGGGAAGGAGAAGAGAUUGAGAGAAUGGUAAGGAGGUGGAGUGAUGAAUGAAAUGCUAAUUGCGAUAUCAGUCGGUCGAUAAGAGUGCUGCUCGAGUGAUGAGCGCAUUGAGCGGGGAGGCGCGCGUGCGCGCGGCGGGACGGCACUGGGAAAAAAAAAGGAGAAAAGGGGAAAGCGAAGGAGGUAGGAAGGGGAGGACGUGGAAGAGGACGGGGAGAAUGGUUAUACACAACAUAGCUUUCCAAUUUGGAAAGGGGAGGAUUUGAUUGCCCGUUUCACAGCUUUUCAAUUUGGGAAGGAGUGCAUGUCCUUGUCCUAGGAACGAGAGGAUCACGAGGAGGCGCUGCUUGUACCAUUCCUUUCUCGGUAGUUUUCUUGUGUAAAAGAGGGCUAGGAAGAGGUUUAAGCUGAUGGAAUAGGAGAGCCGAGAGGUGGAAAGAGAUGGUGUGGAGCUGGUGUAGGCUGGGGAAAUGGCAGACCACACACACACACACACAUACACACACACACACACACACACACACACACACACACACACACACACAGAGAGAGAGAGAGAGAGAGAGAAGAGGAGAAGUGUUCAGCUAGUCGUGUUGUAUUCCUGAUUAUCGGGGUCACAGAAUGGUUUGGUUGUUGAUUUUGGUCACGAAGAUGGGAGAUCAAGGAUAAAACUAAUCCGAUUCG